CCUCCUCCCCCCGCCGAGGCUCCGGCGGUCGGGGCGGCCGCGGGGCUGCGCUCCCGCCACCCCGCUCCCGCCGGCCCCAUGGGGCGCCCGACGGCGCGGCCAGCCCGGCGCGGGAGCUGAGCCCGGAGCCGCCGCCAGCCGCCUGCGGAUUAUGGGUACGACGGCCAGCGCGGCGCAGCAGGCAGUCUCGGCAUCCCCCCUGGAGAGCGGGGCGCCGGGCGACGGCAGCAUGGAGGACCAGCGCUCCCUCAGCAUCCACUCCUUCCAGACCCUGGGGCUCCACAACAGCAAGGCCAAGUCCAUCAUCACCAACAAAGUGGCGCCCGUGGUCAUCACGUACAACUGCAGGGAGGAAUUUCAGAUCCACGAUGACCUGCUGAAGGCCAACUACACGGUGGGACGCAUUUCCGAGACCACGCUGGAACACUACCUUGUGCAGGGGAAAUAUUUCAUGGUCAGGGAUGUGUAUGGCAAAUUAGACGUCUUGAACACUACCGGCAGCUGCGGCGCUCCCAAUUUCCGACAAGCCAAAGGAGGUUACGCCGUGUUCGGCAUGGGGCAGCCCAGCCUCAACGGCUUCAAGCUCGUGCUGCAGAAGCUGCAGAGAGAGGGCCACAAGCUCUUCUCCCUCUCUUUGCAGGAGUGCGUCUUCUUCUGCGUCCGCGAGGAACCCGUCGUCUUCCUGCGGUUGGAGGGGGAUUUUGUGUCCUACACCCCCCGGGGCAAGGAGAACCUGCACGAAAACCUGCAGCGCCUGCAGCGGGGACUGCGGGCCGAGAGCUUGGAGCUGGCCAUCCGCAAGGAGAUCCACGACUUCGCGCAGCUGAGCGAAAGCGUCUACUACGUCUACAACGACAUCGAGCGCUUGCGGGAUGAGCCCCACGCCGUGAGGGUGCAGUGCGAGGAGGACAUCCAGGUGACGGAGGAGGUCUACCGCAGACCCGUCUUCCUCCUGCCCUCCUACAGGUACCACCGGCUGCCCCUGCCCGCCGAGGGAGCCCCUUUGGAGGAGCAGUUCGACGCCUUCGUCCACUUCCUCAGGGAGAGCCCCAGCCUGCUGCUGUGGGAUGCCGGCAGACCCCCGCCGGCGCUGCUCUUCGGCUGCCAGACUGGCGUGGGCAGGACCAACCUGGCCAUGGCCAUGGGCACGCUUGUCCUCCACCACCACCGAGGAGCCGUCCAGAAGACCGACACCAGCAUCCCCCACCUGCCUAAACCAUCUCCCAGGGACAGGCUUCGGGUCAUCCAGACCUUCAUCGAGAUGGUCCCCAAAGGCCAGCAGAUAGUCGAGGAGGUGGACGGUGCCAUCGCCGCCUGCUCGGAGAUGCACGACAUGAAGGAAGCCAUCUACGAGUACAAGAAGAAGCUGGAAGGGAUCGGGGAGGACUAUCAGAUCCAGGGGAGCAGCACCAAAGAAUAUUUCCUCCAGAGGACUUUGCAGAGCCUCAAACGCUAUUUCUACUUGAUUGCCUUCAACUACUACCUUCAUGAGCAGUACCCCCUGGGCUUUGCCCUCAGCUUCAGCAGGUGGAUGUGUCGGCACCCCGAGCUCUACCGGCUGCAGGCAGAGAUGAACUUGUCGGAGCUCACCGUCACCGGGGAACUUGUCACCAAGGGGACGCGAGUGCUGGUUGCGGACGAACGCUUCUGCCCGGACGUGCUGAGCACCGCCAAGGAGAUGAGCGUGGCCAACUUCCGACGGGUGCCCAAGAUGCCCGUCUACGGGACGGCGCAGCCCAGCUCCAAGACCCUGGGGAGCGUCCUGCGGUACCUGACGGACACCAAGAGGAAGCACGCCCGCAUCGUUUGGAUCAACCUCCGGGAAGAAGCUGUCCUGGAGGGGAACGAGCAGAUCUAUACGUUGCGGGAGCCCGGGCAGCUGGAGGAGCUGAUCCCCGUGCCCGCCGCCUCGCCCCAGCAGCUGGAGAAACUGGAGGCUACCCUGAAGGGUGACCUGCUGAAGUGCCAGAAGUGGCUGGAGGUAUACCUGGAGGCGGAGAAGCAGAUGAAGAUGUUCAAGAGCUGCCUGACCACGCAGGAGAUAUUCAGCCAGCAGAAGACCGCCUGCCAGGGGCUGACCUACCGCCGCAUCCCCAUCCCCGACUUCUGUGCUCCCAAGGAGCAGGACUUUGACCGGCUGCUGGAGGCGAUGAAGAGCGCCCUGGCCGAGGACUCGCAGGCAGCCUUCGUGUUCAACUGCUCCAGCGGCCGGGGCAGGACCACCACGGCCAUGGUCAUCGCUGUCCUCACCCUCUGGCACUUCAACGGCAUCCCCGAGAUGAGCGAGGAGGAAAUCGUGAGCGUGCCUGACGCCAAGUACACCAAAGGGGAGUUCGAGGUGGUGAUGAAGGUAGUCCAGCUCCUGCCCGAUGGCCACCGGAUGAAGAAGGAGGUGGACAUGGCCCUGGACACUGUCAGCGAGACCAUGACGCCCAUGCACUACCACCUCCGAGAAAUCAUCAUUUGCACCUACCGUCAGGGGAAGUCGGGCAAGGAGGAGAGGGAGACGCGGACGCUGCAGCUGAGGAGCCUUCAGUACCUGGAGCGCUACAUCUACCUGGUCCUCUUCAACGCCUACCUGCAUCUGGAGAAGAAGGACUCCUGGCAGCGACCCUUCAGCCUCUGGAUGCGCGAGGUGGCGGCGGUGGCCGGGGUCUACGAGGUCCUGAACCGGCUGGGCUUCCCCGAGCUGGGGGGCCUGGAGGACGAGUCCCUGGGCACGCUGCGGGGCCGCUGGCAGGCGCGGGGGGGCACCUCCCGCCCUUUCCGUGGGGAAUUCGUGUAGGGUCGGGGUGCAGGGGGGAAACACCCCCACCCCACCCCCCCCGCCCACCCCGCCGCUUUCUCCUUAGCGGGGGAGAAGGGAGGGUAAAAAAAAAAAAAAGACUGUUUUCCCAAAAAACUGAGGGUGCGGGGAGGGAGGGGUGAGCCCCGAAACUGCCUUAGAACGGGAGAAUUUCUGGGGUUCUUUUGGACGCGAAUAAAAACAGUGUAAAUUAAAAAUC